UUCUUCUUCUUCAGCUAAACCUCUACAAAAAUGAAGUUUGGACAGAUGUAUUCAGAGUAUCUACACGGUGAAAAAGUCAACUCUUUUGAUCUCGACAAGUUCUCUCACGUUGACUACAAGAGCCUUAAAAAGGUUUUGAAAACCUGUCGUUGUCAGAACGAUACAGUUUCAGAUCUUCCUCGUUAUCAGUCCUGCCCACGGUGUGAUCAGAUAUUUUUCUCUGAGAUAAUGAAGGAAGCUUCUGGUGUAGCUGGAUGUUUUAGUUCUAGGGUUAGGCAUCUUGUUCAUCUUCAUUGCACCGGUGGUUUGCAGAGAUGUUUACUGCACUUGUUUCAGUGUUUUAAGGAUGAUCAACAAGCACUUGUGCAGGAAGGAAGAAUGUUAAUUAGUUAUGUUAUUAUGAAUGCUAUAGCUCUUAAGAAGAUUCUUAAGAAGUAUGAUAAAGUGCACAAAUCUGUAAGUGGUAUGAACUUCAAGUCCAAGUUGCAGGCUGAACACUUGGAGAUUUCACAGUCACCAUGGUUAAUUGAACUGGUGGCUUUAUAUUUGAACUUCAAUGAAUCAAACCAUAUGAUUGACUACAAGCUUCAUGACAUACCAUUCUCUUGUGAUCUCACCAUUGCAGAUUCAGAACUCGUAUUGAGAUUAGUGCUUCCAGGUUAUGCAAAUUUGGAAUACAAUCUCACUUGUCCGAUUUGUUUGAAUACUGUUUUUCAUCCAUCUGCUUUGAGCUGUGGGCAUAUCUUUUGCAAGUCAUGUGCUUGCUCAGCAGGAUCUGUUUUAAUAUUUCAAGGGCUUAAAUCUGCAAGCCCAAAAAUGAGGUGUCCAGUUUGCAGAGAGGAUGGUGUGUAUGGUAAUGCAGUGAGCAUGUCUGAACUCAAUCUACUUUUAAAGCGAAGGUUCAAAGAACAAUGGAAAGAAAGACUUGUUGAAGAACAUGGUGAAGUUACGAAGCAAACUAAAGACUAUUGGGAGUUGCAAACUAGAUAUUUUUCAGGAAUUUGAUUAUUGAUAAUACUAGAUCUUGAUUAGUUUACCUACCUUUGAUCCAAUAAGCUUCUCUUCGGUUGUAAACACAAAUGGAAAUGGUUUGUGCAACUAUCUUUGAUUCAAUAAGCGUCUGUGAGAUUUAUAUUUUUAA